AUGUCUGCCAGCACAUCACCUUCGAUGAGAAUGCCAGCAGCAUUCAGAGCUUUAGCUUUGAGUAGCUCUCCUCAGCAAUCAGGUCUCGAGUCUCAAGAACCAAGUGGUAAUGGAUCCAAUGGGCUGCUUAAAAGGGGUGAUAAGCUCAAUAAUGAUGACCCGUUGUCACCCAACUUGAACCAAAAGCCCACUUCUAUUUCUAAUGAAAUUAUUUCCAAUUCAGACUUGGCUGAUGCUGAUGGAGCUGAAAAUAGCACUGUGGAUGGUGAGGACGAUGAGCUAACUGCUCCGUCUACUCCUCGAACCACUGUCGAUUAUGAUUUGUCCACUAAAUCGCUCUCAACACCAAUAGCCCCACCUCUGAGACAUACAUUUUCGUCACCGUCUCUUACAGUGGCCAAUGGAACGUCUCCAUCGUCUACACGCAAAGUACCAACAUCGAACAAAGAUGACAAUCACGAUAGUUCUGCCAAUAUUGAACUUGCCGAUGAUGAGCCUGCAGGUGUGUCAGAUAGUAUUAAAAAUGAAAGCGCCAAUGGAACAGCUGAUACGAAUGCUAAUAUCAGACUCGAUAACAAUUCUAAUGACAAUACCAACACCGAGCAUAAUUUGACUUCUCAAGCUCAGGAUAGUGACACGCAUGCAUUCAUCACUACAGAGCCAGGGUCUCUCAUGGACGAGAAGUAUCUCUUAUCUGAGCGUGACAGGUAUGGAUUCAAGAAGACAAUGGGCUUCAAAUCAGUGGAAGAAUACAAUGCCUGGUGGAAAAAAUACCGGCUACAUCUGAUUCGCCGUAAGAAAAAAUGGGAUAAGCUCAUCGGCGAUAAUGGUGGAUAUCUCCCACCUUCGGAAACUGACGGUGGUGUUCCGGUUCCCAGCAGGUUUCCUUCCCGAUCUGAUACGGGUAAGUGUUAUGGAGUCUGA